AUGGCUGAAAUCGUUGUUAGCGCUGUCAUCACUGUAGUGUGUGAGAAGCUCAUCUCCGGUGACUUCAUGAAACUAGCUCGAUCCGAAGGAAUCGCUUCUCAUCUGAACAAAUGGAACAACACCUUGCCACUGAUCCAAGCUGUGCUUGCGGAUGCUGGCCAAAAGCAGAUAACAGAGAGAGCUGUUCGAUUGUGGCUGAACCGUCUCCAGGGUUUGGCUUACGACAUAGACGAUGUACUCGAUGAUUUGGCCACCGAAGCUAUGCGACGCCAGUUGAAUCAUGAAUCUCCUGCUAGCACCAGAAGCACGAGUAAGGUAUUAAAGAUCAUCCCAACUUGUUGUACUACUUUCACUCCUCGCAACCUUAUGUAUGGUCAACGGAUGAGUUCUAAGCUAGAUGAAAUUACCAUCAAAUUGCAUGAUCUUGCUGAGGUGAAAACUGGUCUGGGUUUAAAUGUGAAUGUUGAGAGGUCAAAUAGAACGCAGAGACGGUUGGAGCAAACUUCAGUGGUUGAUGAGUACAUAAUAAUGGGUCGCGAAGGGGAUUCAGAGGCAUUGCUUGAGAAAUUGUUAGGAUAUGAAGCAUUAGAUCGAAAUGUCAGCAUAGUGUCUAUUAUUGGUAUGGGUGAAAUAGGCAAAACUACUCUUGCCAAAUUUUUGUACAACAAAGACAGUGUAAUGGAUCACUUUGAACUCAGGGCAUGGGUUUGUGUUUCUGAACAGCUCGACGUAUUUAAUAUUAGCAAGGCUAUAUUUCAAGCAAUAACCGGGAAAAAUGGAGAUUUUGCUAAUCUAGAUAUGCUUCAUGUGGCCCUUAAAGAAAGACUAAGUGGCAGAAAGUUCCUACUUGUUCUAGACGAUGUCUGGAACGAAGAUCAAAUUAAGUGGGACCUCCUGAAAAGCCCUCUUGUGGUAGGGCAACCUGGCAGUAUAAUUUUGGUGACAACCCGGAAUAUGAGGGUUGCAUCGGUGAUGUACUCUGAUGAAGCUUACCAUUUAAAGCUUUUGUCAAAUGAAGAUGCUCUAUCUUUAUUUGCUCAACAUGCACUUGGUGAGAAAAACUUUGACAGCCAUCCAACACUUGUAUUGCAUGGUGAAGGUAUUGUGAAGAAAUGUGGUGGAUUACCUGUGGUUUUGAAAACGCUUGGUAUGCUCUUGAAGGGAAAUAAAAAUGGAGACGAAUGGGAGAAGCUGUUGAACAGUGAGAUUCUUCCCAAGGAUCUAAGACUAAGCUACUAUAAUCUCCCUCCACAUUUAAAGCUGUUGUUUGCAUACUGCUCCUUAUUUCCCAAGGGCUAUGUGUUUGACAAGAAAGAAUUAAUCCUACUGUGGAUGGGAGAAGGAUUUUUGUCCCAAUUAAAUGACCACACAUCAAUGGAGAGUUUGGGUCAUGAGUAUUUUGAAGAGCUAAAGGCGAGGUCCUUUUUUCAACAUUCAACAAGUGAUGAAUUAAGAUAUACAAUGCACGACCUGAUAAAUGAUUUGGCCACAAGUGUUGCAGGAGAGUGUUUCUUUAGAUUGGAUGAUGAGAUGGACGUAUCCAUCAGGAAUGGAACUUGUGUGAAGUCACGUCACUUUUCACUUAUAGGUCCAAGAUGUGGAUCAUAUAGAAAGUUAAAGGAAUUACACAGAGCUAGACACGUGCGCACUUUCUUACUACUGCUAGAUGGGUUGGAAUGUCACGGAUUAUUGGACAAGGUUCUUGCUGAUAUACUUCCUGGACUACAAUAUCUAAGGGUGCUAAGCCUGCGUACACCGAAAAUCACAGAGGUGAGUGACCUUUAUAAUCUACAAAGCUUGUUGCUUCAAGGUUGUUAUCAGUUAUCUAUCUGGCUUGCCAAAAAGUUUUGUAAAGUUGAUAAACCUGCGUGA